GUAAACACACACGCUUUGAAAGAGCGGGAUAGCAUGACAAUGCCUCAAUGCAAUAGUUUAUAUUUCAUCAAUAUAAAAGUAUUCGGACUUAUUUAAACUUUUUGAACACAAAUUUAAAAUCUCUCGUGCUCAUGAUUUUAAGUAUGUUUGAAUGAAACCAAGUCUGGAUAUAGUUGCCGCUGACUAACAAACAUGGCAAAUUUAAACACAUUUUUGAAAAAUAAACGGAAUAGGAACUAUAUUUCGUGUCGUCUAAUAACUAAAAAAGUUGGUAAAUCAUUAGAACCAUUUACCGAGGACAAACUUCAACACGUUCAUGGACAAAUAGUGAGGAAAUUAGGCCCACAGAAUGCGUGCACUGAUCAGUGCAGUCAACAAUUCAAAAACAAUUUCAACAGGUGGUGUAUUACAUGCAAAACAUGGAGGGCGGAGCUCCUGCGAUUUCAUUUGUUGCCUCGGAAGAUCACGUGGUCUGAACUUAAAUCAUGGGAGUGGCCAAACGAUCCUAAACACAUUGCCGAGGUUUUCAUGAUUCAAGGAUUCAACGAAACAAACCUGAAUUUAGGAGACGUGACUGUUUCAUUAAACAUUUGGAAACGAUGUUCCGAGUUUCCAAGAAGUCUUAUACCACUGGCGGACGCAUUAAGGAACUGUCGAAAUAAGUUAUGCCAUGAUUUAUUCGAAUGUCAUGAAAAUUUAAAGACAGAAGUGUUCACGAAUAUCAAAAAUCUUAUUCAUCACAAUGAUGUAUCACCAUUUAUUCCUGAUAUUGGUGACCUGUGUGUGUGCAUUCGAGACCUUGAAAAUGAUCAACUGGAUGGUUAUAAACUAGAAUUAGAAUACAUUGUAAAUGAGCUAAAUCAAAUGAAAGGUAGAUUAACUCAUGUCGAAUCACAAGUCAGAAUGCUGUCAAAACAUUUCUAUUUGGUGUUCUGUUUUAUGUUCUUCAUUUGCGUUUUCCCCGUAUUGCUCUUCUGUUCAAGUAACACAUUAUCGCCGAGGACAUUGACAAUGCCCUGGAUGAGAUCGUCUGAAAUAGAAGAGUGCGUAACAGAAAACAUCUACGGGGAAUUUUCAAAUCCAUUAAGGUUGGGAGUUUAUUUAAAACGCCACAAAAAGUUUGUUGGACGAGAAUGGCUUUUUGAUCUGAUCGAUAAUAGUAUUCAGACUAUGAAUAGUUCCACGCGCGGCCUAGUCCUGGAAGCAGACAUAGGUUACGGGAAAUCAGCUUUCGUCGCCCAUACCGUAUGCGCAAAGGAACACAGCAAGGGUUUUCGUUUAAGAAAAAUGAUAAUAGCAUUUCAUGUUUGCAAAUUUGAUGUUUUAUUAACGCAGAAACCUGGGCUGUUCAUUCGAAGACUUACAUCAAUGAUUUCAAAUUUUGUACCCGAAUUAAUGAUUCAACGAUUGACUGAAAGACAAUGCUUUGAACACUACAAUGGUGAAUUCUGCAAUGAAGACUAUCUAGGAUGCAUCGAUAUUUGCUUAAUAAAUCCGUUGCAUGCGAUAUCGAGAAAUGGUUUUACAACUUCUUCGAAACUGAUCAUUAUCGAUGCUAUAGACGAAUGUGGGAACUCAAAGGACGCAAGCGACAACGCAAUCAUUGAAAUAAUUCGAAAACGUUUCCAUUUGUUUCCAUCUUGGAUUAAACUGUUAGUGACAAGUCGUAAAUUGGAGCCACAUGUACAGCCUCUGGUGGAUUUUGAUGUGAUAUAUUUGCAAAGUUUGGAUAAAAGAAAUUUGCAGGAUAUACGCUCAUAUUUGAACAAAACUGAAAAAAACGGGCUAGACAUACCGUCGACAUUUCUUAUUGCACAAUACUUAGUUGGAUCAAAUAAUUAUAACGACAACAAUACAAAAAAUCUUGACAGAUUUUAUCACGAUCAAUUUGAAAGAACUUUUGGGAAAGCAUUUCAAAAUGCAAAAACGAUUUUUGAAGUGACAGCGACUACGUUUUUAACAAAAACAAAAGAUAAUAUUUUAAAAGUUGUAACGGAUUGCUCUACAAUAGACAAAGAAACAUUAAACGAUGAACUCGAAAAGAUGGGUCAAUUCUUUAUAAGUGUAAAUAACACAUUUGUUUAUACCCACCAUUCCAUUCUGAAAUGGUUAGAAAACACAGCUCCUAAAACAUUCAGAAUACAGAGAACGAAUGGCCAUACAAUCAAUGCUAAAUAUUUACUAAAUCAAAUUGACAACAUGCAUAUUAUCGACACGGAUAUUGUCAACCUAGCAAUACACAUAAUGAACUCUGAAACUAUUGAAUUAACUGAUCAAUUUAAAAAUAUAAGCCAUGAUCAAAUAAUGCUUUUGGAAAGGAACUUUUCUGAGUCCCCAUUGAUACGAUGCGUCAAACGUACUGACUGUUCAACUAUACCUAGUGUUCUGUACUUUCAUUUCAACAACACUGAAGAGCUUAGUAGCGAGAAUAGUACUGCGGCGUACAUUGCAGCUGCUAUGGGGAAAUUGUCCGCUUUAAAAAGUCUUUGUGAACAUGGGGCUGAUGUGAAUUUUAGAGUAAAAUCUUACCACGGAACAAAACGUGCAAACGUUCAAGUUGCUACGCUUAUAAAACAGUGGGGUUACGGAUUACUCGAUAUUGCCGCUCAAAAUGGACAUGUACAUAUUGUAAACUUCAUUUUGACAGAUACGAGCAUUUUCGGGAACUACACACAUCACAUAUUGAAUGGCUUCAAUUUAAAGCCUGUACAUCUUGCGUGCAAGUGUGGUUGUGUUGUGACUGUCAAAGAGUUUUAUCUACACAAUAAAGAAAACGUUGACUGGCUAUGUCUUUAUUUUGCAUCGGAAGGGGGGCAUUUUGCUUUGGUGUCGUACUUAGUGAAUGAAUUGAAUAUAACCGACAAAUGUCGGGAUUGUAAUAAAGAGCUGACUUGUCUUCCUAAAGGAUCUUUCCGAAUGCAAGGAAGGGAAGUAGAGAUAGUUAGUCUUUUUGAUGAGUGGGGUAAUUUGUCAUGUGAAAGUGCACUUCAUGCAGCAAUUCGAGGGGAUCACAUUGCCAUUAUGAAAUCUAUCCUGUCCUCUGAUGGAGGCUCAACACUAACCUGUCUGGAUCGAAGAGGAAGAACCCCAUUGAUUACAGCAUUUCAAACUGAUCGAAGCGAAAUUGUGAAAUAUAUCGUUGAAACACAUUACAAUUUGGUGAAUAGAAUCUGUGGAAAUGCCACGGAUAAAAAUGAUAAACGUCAGCUUAAUAAACGGGAAAAAGUAUUACUUAAAGGUUAUGAGUGUCAAUCGAGUCUUUGGCUUCAGAAAAUUAUCGCAGCUCAAAAUCUAAGAUUUGAUGAUAACGAAGAAGCUUUAGAGUUCUUUACCGAAGUUACAACGGGGUGCUUACCAGCUCAUUUUGCUGCUUGCAGCGGCAACAUUCAGUUUCUUCAACACCAGGUAUUUGACCAAAAGAUUGACAUAAUAGCAUUGCAAUGUGACAACAAAUACACGCCUUUGCAUUCGGCUAUCGCUUGCCAAAAUAUAACUUCGUUUGACUUUAUUGUAGAUCAGGUUCCUGGGGGGGAAUUAUACCUGAAAUCAGAACGAAGCUCUGUCUUUUGGUUGGCCAUAAAACAAUCUCCUUUUAUAUUAAAGGAGUCAAGCAAACAACCGCUGUCGGAUAUAAUCGUUAAGUUGCUUUCUCGUUUUCCGGAUUUGUUAAAUGAAACCGAUGGCUUUGGAAGAAAUCCUUUACAUUUCCUUAUCCAGAAUGGACAUACUAACACGCUUAAUUGGAUCAUACGCAUGCUUCAUGGCAAUUUUGACAUCUUAAUACAACGAAAAGACAUGUUUGGCCAGACACCAAUUAUGUAUUCAGUUCGUCUUCUAAAGAAACAAUACGAGGUUGCCAUCUCUUUAAAUAAUUUCAAGACCGAUGUCCACACAGUAAAACGCGCGUUUACUCCAAGCGAAUAUUCAAUUAUUACAUGUUUGCAAAGAGCACAUACUCAAAAUAUAUCGCAAUCUUAUUCUGAAAAGGGGAUUUUAAAGUUACUGGUUAAAAAUAAACUCUUUGAAUUAUUUCACACGUUUGUUUUUGAAAUACUCUAUGACCAAGAAAGGUGCAAACCUGAUAUAUUUUAUGUCAUAUUGAAAAAUGAUUUACAUGGAUUUUUUGUUUGGUACUAUUUUAUAAAAAGAAACAAGCUGUCCGACGGCCAAAUUCUCCAAAGUCCAUGCCCUUUACAUAAAAUUAUCAAAAAGAGAGCUUAUUAUGCACAUCUCAAAAAUCAAAUCCACACAAACGCCGUAUUACCACGCUGGAGUUAUUUUGUUUUAUAUUUGUUGGAAUCCGUAAGACCUUAUGUUUUAAAGAGCUGUGAAAAAAACCUUGGUAGAAUUGGACUCGAUGUAGCCAUUGAUCAAAAGUCUGUAUUUUGGAAAUCACUUCUUCUGAAAAAUGGUUUGGUACAUAGUUUUCCACUUUUUAUGAAUUUAAACGAAUUUAAAGACGUAUUGUUAUUAUUGAAUAGGUUGUUAGAUAAGGAUUUAAGUUAUUCAUAUGAUGUUUGUUUACAAAAGAACAUACAUUUGUAUGGAAAUGGGGUGGCGUUCAGAUUCAAAGAUGAUAUGACAGAUCAUUAUACAGAACUCGUAAUUACAGGAACACAUAAUUUUUACGAAUUAUUCUUCAAAAAUCUUAAUUAAGAAGUAUACAUGUAACAGACCUCACCCUCAAGAACCCUUGAAAACAGUAUAAAAUAUUAUUCGGUUUGCACUAAACUAAAAUCCGAUCAACAGUAUGUAUUUUCCUCGUGUAUCAAGAUAAAGCUGGCAUGGAAGACAAUGGCCAUGAGCUUAUCGAAACUGUUAGUUUAAGUUUGCCUAAAUUUUCUUUGCACGAAACAAAAGAGUCUGUAGAUAAUGUUUCUAUUGACAAAUGAAUGAUAUUUAUUUUGCUUUAGACUUUAUAAUAAUGUCUUCAGUCUUUUCGAUGUUUUAACACGAAGCUUCACUAGUCUAUUCUUAAUGUGAGAAUCAUGCUAGGAAACUAAUGGAUGGUGAAAGUGGUAUACCCUCCUUUGCAGGGUGAGUAAAAGAAUUUUUGGAUGUCAGAAACAUUAACAAUAACUUAAAAGCAACAUUUUGAUUUCGAACAUAUUCUUAUAUGGCCGUAAUAUCACUAUUACACAUUUAUUCAUUUUCAAAAGAUAUGAGUAUUUAUCGAGAAAUGGUGUAUUUUUGUCUAUGUGCAGUUUAUCUUCGCCAAAGGGUUCUAAUUUAGUUAGUUUUCUUUCUUCUUUAAAUUAUGUUAAAUCACUUGACACGUGAAUGUUUAUAUAUUGAUUAAAUGUGUUGGUUCAUUGUUCUGGUAUUAAUUUGUAUUAUGUAAAUUAUGUUUAUGGACGAUAGACUUUGUACAAGUUUAAAAUGAACUCUUCUGUCUGUCUGCUGACUGCCUACCUGCCUGCCUGCCUGUCUGUCUGUAUUUCUGUCUGUCUUUAUUUAUAGUACAUAUAAUGUUGUUGUUGGUGUUGCUAUGCACUGUUUUUAGGGGAAAUGAAACAGUUUGAUUUGGCUUUAGGGUAAGGAGUAGAUCAACAGUAAACAUAAUAAAAAUGUUAUUAAUAUAUAUAGAGUUAUGUUUUAAUUUAUUGAAAAUGAAUAAACUUUUCCAAUGGAUUUUAUCAAUACUGGAUUAAUAAAAAAUCAUCUUGAAUAACUAUUACACCACAACUUACUUUUCAGAUUAUUGUUAAUUAUAUUUUCAGAUUGCUCUAUCCUAGAAAUGUAAUAUAAAUUGUUGAAUGUUUAAUUGCUGAAUGUUUCUAAUUAAAUUGGAGUUUGAAAACAAACUUUAUCUGAUAGUAUUAUUGGCAAUGUUGUGUUUUUUUGUCAUGAUAGACAUGAUCAUCGAUUUUCUUUUGAUAAUGAUACAUUUAUCAUAAUGUUCAAUAUCGUACACAAUUCUUAGGUGAAAAUUUUUACUUCAGUUUUGAAUAUUGAUAUAUGGUUAAAAUUAGACAAAUACAUUUACAACCUAGACACUGAUGUUUAUUUGUGUGCGGCUUAUUAAUGGUGGGAAGGAUCUCCUGUUAACGACGUGGUAAACAUUGCCUUUUAUGAUUUGAUACAAAAUGACGUUUAUGACUUUGACCGAAUUUGAACAGUGUAUUUGGUCGGUGAUUGGAAUAGUCGUGUUGGGGUUAGAAAUGUUUUUUUAUGUAUGAUAGUUUUACUAAUGCUAUUAAUAAUGAUGAUUUUGUUGCAGAUGUACCCCUUGCUCGGGCUUCUGUUGAAAAAUUGUAAUACAUUUGGCUUAAGGCUUCUUGAUCUUUGCAAAUCCAUGGGAUUAUGUAUUUGUAACGGCCGAAUUGGCAAUGACAGUAUUGUAUGUCAUUUACCUUUGCAUCGCGAAAUGGGUCGUUUGUUAUUGAUUACCUGUUGUGCAAGCAAUUUAAUUUUGAUGAUAUUAUCGGCUGUUAUAUGUGUCCAUUCAAUAAAUAGAGUGAUCAUUGACCACUAGCGUUUUCAAUGAAAAAAUGCUUACUGUGACAAAAGGAAAGCAAUUUUGUUAAGCAGAUAUGGUGUGGUGAAUUAAAAUCUCAAUAUAAAGCGGGAUUAAUAUCUAAAUUAUCUAUGUUCAACUUACUAGCGGAAAAUGUAAAUGUACAAAGAUCUGAUAUUGAUAAUAUAGUACAUGACUUUACACAAACCAUUUACAGUAUUGUUGAUCCCUUGUUUGAAAAGGAUUAUAUAUUUAAAGAAAAAAACAUGUUUCGUCAACAUUUCAUAUCGUAAUAACAACAAUGGUUUGAUGAUGAUUGUAUAACUGCAAAAUGUAUUUACUCGGAUGCUGCGAACAUGUAUAAUCAUUGUAAAACGAACAAAAAUAGAAUACAAAUGUGAUCUUUGAAAAGUGUUUAUAAAAUGCUCGUUAAGCGUAAGCGAAACUUGUUUAAAGCUGCUAAAGGCAAAAGUAUUGAGCAAUUACUCUUUUCUAAGCCUAAGGUCUUUUUGACAUAUUUUAAAAAAGCAAAACAAAACGGAACAGUAAUAAUGAUAUUUCGUUGCAUGAUUUUAUUAAAUAUUUUUCAGAAUUAGAUGAUGAUAUGUGACAAACCGAAAAAGUUGAAGCCGAAGCUUUUGUUAGAAAUAACGAUUUCUCAAAUACAAGUGACAGUGUCGAACUGUUUUUAAAUGGAGACAUAACCAUUGAUGAAAUAAAUGCUGCUGUAAAGACAUUAAAUCGUAUCAAAUCUUGUGGGCCAGAUGCCUUGUUAAAUUAAUAUUUCAUAGAAUAUAUGGGUUUACGACUGUGUGAUAUGUUUAAUGCUUUUUUAAACAGUGGUUGUUUUCCAGAUAGCCAGACUAAAGGAAUUGUUAUACCUUGAUAGAAAAAGGGAGCUAAACGUGAUGUAAAAAAUUAUAGAGGCAUUACCCUAGUUAUUUGUAAGUCAAAACUGUUUACGACGAUACUUAACAAAAUAAUAAUAUCUUUCUGUGAGGAAGCAAAUGUGUGUCAGAUGCCGAGUAUGGUUUAAGAAAGGGUAUAUCAACAAUUUAUGCUUAGUUUGUUUUAUUAAAAAAAUAUAACGAAACUAAACGUCUGUAUUGUGUAUUUGUAGAUUUUAAAGAGGCUUUUAAUUGCAUUUACAGAAAUGCUUUAUGACUUAAAAUGUAUAAAACCGAUAUUAAAGGUAAAUCUUUAAGAAUUGUUAAACAUAUGUAAAAUCGGCUGUUAAAGUGUUAAAUAAUUAUUCUGAUUUUUUUCGAAUAUGUCAUAGGCUUGAGGCUGGGUGAAGUUAUGUCUCCUGUUUUGUUUUCUCUGUUUUAAGAUACUUUAGUACUCUUUUUACAAACAGGUAUGCAUUCAGGCAAACUAAAGACUAAAGUAGGUAACACACCUGAAGAUAUUAAUAAGUUACUUUCAUUUUUAGAAGUUUAUUGUAAUAAAUGGAGUCUAGAAGUCAAUAUAAAUUAAACAAAAUACAUGGUAUUUCGUAAAAGAUGUGUUCUGUUAAGAUAUGAAAAGGUUCGAUACAAUAAAUAAUUGGAUGGAAAAAGUUGUCAAUGACCUCAAUUGUUUGGGGACUGUUUUCAAUUAGACAGGUACAUUUGCCAGAAAUCAUGAACACUCUAGUGUAAAAGCUCUUAAAGCACUAAAUGUAUUAUAAGCUUAUUGCAAUAAGUUUAACAUCAAGCUAAACGUUAGUAGUCAAUUAUUUGAUGCUUUUGUUUGCUCAAUACUAGGUUAUGGGUCAGAGGUUUGGGGACUCGGGAAAUCAAAAGAAAUCGAGCGCAUUCAUUUGAAGUUUUGUAAAAUAAUUUAAAAUGUACGCAUAAAUACUUCUAACUGUGCUAUAAAUGGGAAACUAGGCCGUUAUAUAUUACAAUAUAUUAGAAUUUUAAAGUAUUGGUUCAAAGUUGUUGAAACAGAUUAUGUUAUAAUCUAGGAAAUAUAUUAUAUGUAUGUUAAGGACUGUCAAAAUUGUAAACGUAAUUUGUUUUCUGGUGGUAAAAAUAUUCUAAGCAAGCAUGCCUAUGCAUAUUAUUUUGAUAACCUACUGUUCUAUAAUGUUAACACAAUAGUCAGUUUAUUCAGAGAAACAUUAAUUGAUACAUUUGAGCAAAUGUGGGGUAGUGACACGUUCCAAACCGGUAUAACGAUUUUAAAAGUACAUUAGACUUUGAACAAUAACUGAAAUUUUACCACAUGACUUACGAUGUUGCAAUACUAGUUAAAAAGUGUCUGCUCCUUCAUCAAGAAUCCUCACCGGAAGAUGAUAACAAAUAACAACAUUACUAGAAAUGAAUGUUAUUGUACUUUUUGUGUUUCCAAUGAUCUAGAAGAUGAAUUUCAUUUCAUAUUAUUAAUAUGUCCUUAUCAUAAUGAUAUCAGUAGGAACUACCUUAAGAAAUAUUUUAUGUCAAACCAAGCAUGUAUAAGUUUAUAGAACGGCUAAAGUCAGACAACAAAAAUACUGUAUUUAAAUUAUCCAAUUAUAAUAUAAUGAUAAGUUUAUAUCAGUUCAUAGUCAUAUUUUAUAUGUUGCAUAUAUGUUUUUCACGUGUGACAAAUAAUUCAUAUCUACUUAUUGACAUUGCAUGUAUCUAAUAUGUAUUGUAAGGUGACAUGUUGUAUUGCCGUUAUAUAUUUCUUUUUAUAUUCUAUGACAAUAUACCUUGUGGGUAUACGUCAAAUAAAUAUUAUGUUUUGUUCUGUUCUGUUCUAUUAAUAUCUAUAAAUAAAUUCAUUCUCGGUUUUUUGUUACUGUAAGAUAUUGUUAACAGCUAACAGCAAUAUUCAAUAUUAUUACUUUGAAAUUGUCUAGGUUCGUAAGCACAAUCAUAAAAGUACUUAAUUAGUUCCUCCAUCCUUGUCAUGACUUUUAAUCAUAUAUAAUUUCAGUAUUCUUUAAAACUAUAUAAUCGUUUUGUACAAGUUGUUGAUGAUAUCCGAGUAUCCUUGAUUUUUACUAUGCUGUAGUAAUCAUAUUUGCUUUUUAAUAAAACUGUGUACUUUCUUGUAAAAACUGUACUAGAAUAAAACUUU